UUAAGCCCAUUUUAAAACUCAAGAGCCCAUACACAAUUUACCCACAGAAAGCGCAUGGCUUCACUCCUCGCCGCCUCCGCCGCCAGGCGCCGCUUCCCGAUACUCAUGUCUUUCUACGCCCGUCUUAGCUCCACCACGUGCUACUUUGAGCGCAGAGAGGGAGAGGGGGAGAAAGAACGAAGGUCGGAAGAUGAGAAUUUGGAUAAGAAAAUCUUGGAUGCUUACAGAACUCUUCGAAUUCGAGGUUAUAAUGAGUCGGAGAUAAAAUCUGUGUCUCAACCUUUGACUGUGACUGCUGAGGCCCCAGAUAUAUCUCCUAAGCCACAAACUGCAGACAUUUUUGUGCCUUCUACUGAUAGAGAUGGUUGUCGAUAUUUUAGAGCAUAUUCAGUUGAUGAAGAGGAUGGCAGCCUGUCACCUAAAUAUUACGUUUAUCCUCCCUCUCCGCAAAAAUGGAGUUACCAUGGCGCUACUUGUAAUGGUGUAUUCCACUUGAUGAAUGGUGAUUGGGAGCAGAUUCUGUGGAACCCAACAACAGAGGAGUGUAAGACCCUCCCCAUGCCCUUUGUUCGACGAAGCUAUAGUCGUGAGGCUUUUGUUCGUGAUGAACUGAUGGUAUCUGGAAUGUGGUAUGACCAUACACGUGAAAAUUACAAAUUGCUGCAACUUAUUAAGAGUAACGCGCUAGUUAUGGCACGGCGCACCAAUUACGUAUGGCAUUCUAUUUGGUUGUAUUCGCUCGAAAGUGAUUCAUGGAAAGAAAUGCCACCCACCCACUUAAUCACUGUUUGCAAUGACACUUCUGCUUGCAUAAAUGAUGUUUUUUAUUGUGCAGUAUCUUUAGCGGGACACAAAGAGUGUCGAGCUGACUUAACUACAGAAACUCUUGUUAAGAUAGUCAGAAAGUCUGGAGGUAUUAUGUCAUUCAACUUCUCUACUGAAACUCGUUCUAUGAUAGACUUACCUUUUAUCGAUGGCAAAAAUGUACGUUAUUGGAUUCUGGAGUAUAAAGGGUUGCUUAGCAUUGUUGUACGGUCAAAAGGAGGAUUGUCUGAAACUAGAGAACAUGAACUUUGGGUUAUGAAUGAUGGAUUGUGGAUUAGAGAAUCUGUUUUCCAUGUUUCAUAUGAUGUUGGCAAGCCGUUAUGGUUUUCCAAAAAUGGUCGGUUUCUAUAUUUUGAGUACCAGUAUGGAGGAGUGGUGUUUGAUCGUGCCACUGAAAAAUUGAAGAAGCUUGGUAUCCAUAUUUCAACUAAAAAAUAUUUUCCCGUCCGCUGAGAGCUUUGUCCAACUCAAUGGAGUUUCAGUUGUUGAGCAGGAGCAGAAGAAGAAGAAGAAGACGAUGCACAAAGGUUAUAAGAAGAAGUGACGGAGUAGGAGCUGGGGAGAGAAGAAGAAGAAGAAGAUUACACAGAUGGAUAUAUGAUUGGUGACUUAGUUUAAUAUUCAAGCUUGUUAUCUUUUCUAUUAAACCAUUUCAAUGCAACAGUAGUUAUCUGGGAUGCAGAGUGCAAGUAUCUUUUAUAUAAUUGGGGAUUUGCUUAGGUUUAGCCACGUUGAGGUAGUAAACAGCGCUUACCCUGACUAUAGGGUCCUAUACGCGAUAGGGGCCCCAACGUUGGGGGGUGGGAUUUGGUACUUAACCCUUAUUUAUAUGCUUUAGUUUGUGUGGGUAUUUUUUAAUUU